AUGUCAUUCACCCCAACCAUCCAACGCGAUGGAUUCAUCUCCUCAUUCGGCCGUUUCCGCACCUCGCGCGGCCACAUCGAGCGAGUAGACAGCACCACGCUCCAAUCGAUGUUCCUCCCCAAGCUCAGCGCAACAGGCCAAAAAGCCCUCCGAGACCACCGCGACUUUGUCCGCGGACAACUACAGCACUACGGCGAGGUCUUCGACGAGAGCCAGCUCACCGGCAACGGCACGCAGCUGAUCAAGAAAGUCCUCCAGGCGGGGGGAUGCCACACGGUGCCUUCGCAUAUCCGGGACCUGGAGAUGCAGAUGCACCGGGACUGGCUGAAUGCUCUGACAGAGGAGGAAAUCUCGCAUUAUCCGCUGUGGAUUGUCGAGAAGCAUUUUGGAAGCGAGACCCGGCCGGACCGCACGAUCACCACGGAGGUGGUUGGGAUAUCUUUUCCCCGGUCUAGCGAGUAUCGCGUGAGCCAGGUUCAGGAGGCGGCGGGUAAAGUGACAGGACUGCAUCAUGAGAUGGCGAAGGGGUCGGUCAAGAAGACGGUGUAUUUAGGUUGGAAUAAGGCUGCAGUGCAGAAAGCAGCCAAGGGCCAUGCCGCGAAGGAGAAAAAAGAUGCUGCGAAAGAGAAGAAGGAACUGCAGGCUGCGGAACGGGAACGGGAGAAGGAGCGAGCAAAGCUACAUGCGGACUACUGUCGCCCGGCGAAAAAGGGGGCAUCGCCAGUCGGGAGCUACAUUGUUGAUUGCAAAGAGAUUGAACAGCAGUGGGAUCUGACGGAGGAUAUGGGCCUGGAGAUCCACGCCACUGACGAGCCUGGCGUUUUCAAGGCGGAGUUUGACUUCGGGGUUUUGGAGGGCGUCAUGAUCAUCGGUGUCGAUAAGGUCGCGCUCGAACGGCACUGCGCCCAGGAGGAUGAAUCUUCCGAAUAUGGAGACGAGUGGGAUGAAGAAAGCUCCGAGGAGGAUGUAGAGCAGGACGCAAAGUCGAAGGCAGGGUCUAAGAGAAAGACAACAGCUCCUAAUCGUGGCCACGGGUCAAAGAAAUCCAAGAACACUCCGGCUCGGAAGUAUUUCCUCAAGAUGAGGGGUCGUGAGACUGGUGAGGGUGAGAUCAUGGACAUUUCAGACAAGGGCACUAUCAGUUUCAAAGAUGGGAAAUUCACCAGCUUUGUGGGCGAGGCUGACAUGUCUGUUGUCGGUCGAGGAGUGACCUUUACUGCACGGAAAGUUUCUGAUACACCAAACUCGGAUGGAAGGGAAUGGGCCGACUACUCGGACAGACAGUAUGAGAGAGAAAGAGUCGGCAGGUGGCACUGA